UCUUUUCUUUCAACAAAGAAAAAGUAAAUUAAUAACAAAAAAUAUCCAAAAUACCAUUUAUAGUUAUAAAUCAAUAGAAAUAAUACAAAGCAUUUUUUAAGAAUUACAAAAACACGAAUUCCUCCAGUUUUGUGCUGGUCACAUACAAAAAAAAAGCAAUAAUAAAGUCAUUCCAGCAAUUAAGCUAAGUUGAUGUACAAAAUACAAAAAUAGAACAAUCAAUUAUUUUUUUAAUUAAAUUGCGUGAUCGUAAUUAGCAAGCUACUAACAACUACUAAAUAGCCCACACACCGAAGAAAAGGGGGGAACAAACUAUAAUAAAUUAUAUGACCUAUUUAUGUGACGCAGUAGCGGUAAAUUUAAAAAAAGAAAAAAAAAACUCAAAUAAUAGCCAUUCGAUAUUGUUGUCUGCUUGACUAGUAGAUAGAACGACAGACAAACAAGACAAGACAACACCAAAGCACAGCAACCAUGGACACAAAAAUCGAUAAUGCUUUGAUACAAAAGAAAAUUUUACAUCCUGGCAAGCAAUACGUUCAACUUCGUCCUGGCACAAGGGUGAAAUUCCAUUUUCAAACACGAAAAAGUGAUGGAACUCUGCUCGAUGAUAGUCGCAAAAUGGCUAAACCAAUGGAACUGGUGCUGGGCAAAAAGUUCAAAUUGGAAGUGUGGGAGGUCAUUGUGCAGAAAAUGGCACUAAAUGAAGUUGCUAAAUUUACUGUUGACAAAUCUUUAGUGUCUCAGUAUCCAUUUAUCUCAAAGACUCUUCGCGAUGUUGGCAAGAAACAAGAAGAGCGACGACACUGCUGUGGCAUGACAUUACAAAACGAGGGAAUUGGUUAUAAGGAUCUGGAUGAUCUUUUUACAAAUCCCUCGGAUCUGGAAUUCAUAAUUGAGUUGUUCUCAAUUGAAAUGCCAGAGGACUAUGAAAAGGAACGUUGGCAAAUGUCCGAUGAUGAAAAAAUGCAAGCGACACAUGACCUUCGGGAGAAGGGCAAUCAAUUCUAUAAGGAAAAGAAUUACCCUAAAGCCGAGGAAUGCUAUUCACAAGCAAUUGGUAUUCUUGAACAGCUUAUGCUCAAAGAAAAACCACACGAUACAGAAUGGUAUGAAUUAGCCGCUCUUAAAGUGCCUCUGCUCCUCAACUAUGCACAAUGUCGUUUGCUAGCUGAGGAUUUCUAUGCAGUGAUACAUCACUGCACCGAAGUUUUAACCCUCGAUCCACAUAAUGUUAAGGCAUUCUUUAGACGUGGCAAGGCACACAUCGGUGCGUGGAAUGUGGAAGAAGCUAAAAAAGAUUUCAACAAGUGUAUUGAAUUGGAUCCAUCUUUGCGUGGUGCAGCGGCUAAAGAGUUAAAAGCACUUGAAGAAGCACAGCGAAAGAUGGACACAGAACAAAGAGUUAUUAUGCAGAAAUUAUUUUAGAUAAUUAAGAGUUCUUUAUUUAUUAUACCUAAUACCUACAUAUUGUAAAGCUGUGAUGAAUUGUUAUUAAAAGAGUGUUCCUCUUCCUAUAUUUA